AGUUUGUAUUUAUUUGCAAAAGUACAUAAAAAAGUAAAUUCCACUUAAAAUCCAACAAAUUCUAUCUACACAAAGAAACUAAAUAAAUAAUUUGUGUAAAAAAAAAAAUACAAACAAAAUAAUUAAAUUAUUAUUAAUUUAAUUAUACUAUGGACAAUUGUUGUGGCGGCGAACAAAGAGAUCAUUCAAUUAAAGAAAUGUUAAGGUCACUUAUUGACUCGAAAGUUAUAAAUGUUCAAUUGCUAACAAUUGCUAUUGGUGUAUUAUUUAUUGUUGUUAUGUUUAAGAAUAAAUAUAAAAUCAUUGCUGGAAGAUGAGAAAACUAAAAAAAAAACUAAUUUGUUUUAUUUUU